AUGGAUGCAGAUGCAGAUUGGCUCUUGGCAGUGCCUGCGGAGGACAUGGUGCAGUGGACUGCAAGCAAGGGCUUCAAGGUGAUAAAGCUUGGUUCACCCAUGCGACACAUUUUGCUGGUUGCCGACAGCACCGCAACCGUGUAUGCGAUGGACGCACGGUGUGGGCAUCGAGGGGGUCCACUUGAAUCAGGUGACAUGGAAGACCUGCCCGGCGUUGGUUUGUGUAUACGUUGCCCUUGGCACGGACGCCGCUUUCAAGUAGAAAGUGGGCACGAGGUGGUGGGAGGUGCAUUGCGACCUUCCCAGCGAACUUUUCCAACGGAGAUCCGUCACGGUGCGCUUUUCGUGCGAAUGAACCUAACGUGUGAUUCUCUGCCCUCCGAUAGCUUCGCUGGGACAGAGUCAGCGGGCCAUAUCCGAACCCAAGAGUCGUCAUCGCUGAGUCUAUGGCUGGAUGGAUGUGGCCGCCAGGACAAGGCGAUCGGGGUCACAGAGGAGGUGACUGGGGUCACAGAGGAGGUGACUGCAGUUGCAUCAACACCGCCUGCUGGACAGAGCUCGGACUACAUUGCGGAUGAGAAAGAGGACUCCAUCAUGAAGAAGGGCCGCGCAGCCAAGCAAUGCAAGAUGAGGAUGGCUCAGGGUUGCCAAGUGGCCACACUGUUGAACUGCGCUGACAACAGCGGUGCCAAGAAUCUGUACAUCAUUGCCGUCAUUGGAAUCGGUGGUCGCUUGAACAAGCUGCCGAACUGUUCUCCGGGCGAUCUGGUGCUGUGCAGUGUUAAGAAAGGCAAGCCCGAACUCCGCAAGAAGGUGCUCAAAGGAGUCGUCAUCCGUCAGAAGAAGGCCUGGAGACGUCGUGAAGGUGUGUACGUCUACUUCGAGGACAACGCCGGUGUCAUUGUGAACGACAAGGGUGAGAUGAAGGGCUCUGCUAUCCAGGGCCCAGUGGCCAAGGAGUGUGCAGAGCUCUGGCCCAAGAUCGCCUCGUGCGCGCCCGCCAUCUGCUGA